ACUCGUACAUAGCCUAUCGCGUCGGACCCUACGGUAAUGCGAGUGAGAGGUGGAAAUGGGGGGAUCUUGAGUUGACAGUUUUUUCCCUUCAGUUCUGUGCUUUUCAAUAGGAGAGGAAGGUCUCACAUGGCGACACGAGUAUGCUGUGCUACUCUCCGUCUGAUAUGGCGCUGGAUGGUACUAGUACUCGUACGGUCCAAGUGCACAAUACGGGGCAUGGUAUUGUCAUGUCUUUCUCCUGAAAUGAGGCUCUCUAUCACAGAUAUCAUACUCUCCUACCGGUACACCACAUAUUCCUUCUUUUCGAGGCACCGUACCCCCUCCUCUCCUUCAGUUGAAUCCUCACACUCUCUUCCUCCCUUCUCCCCUUUUAUUGUCUUGAUCGUCUUCAUAACAGAGACGCUCCAUUAAAAAAAGAAAAACAAAAAAGGAAAGAAAGAAACACAGCUCAAUGGCUCUCCCACAUCCUCAGAGAAAAUACGAUCUCAUCGUCUUCGGCGCUUCAGGUUAUACCGGCAAACUCACGGCGGAACAGGUCCUCCAACAUACCCCCUCGAGUCUGAGAUGGGCCAUCGCGGGCCGCUCCCCUCACAAACUCGAGUUGUUGGCUACUGAUUUUGACAGAAGGUUUCCGGAUCGUGCUCCCGUUGGCACGUCACAGCUCGAUCUAUUGAUCUGGUUGAUCGACCCGCUAAUAUGGUUAUGGGUGAUCCAGGAAUUUUUAUUGCCGACCUUGACGAAGAUGCCCUCGAGAAGAUGGCUAGAGCUACCCGGUGCUUGAUAUCUACUGUCGGACCCUUUAUCCGGUAUGGAACUGCAGUUGUGGAAGCCUGUGCUAUUAAUGGGACGCAUUAUGUCGACUCCACCGGGGAGAUUACUUGGGUGAAGGAAAUUGUGGACAAGUAUCACAAGACGGCGAAGGCUAAUGGUGCUAUUGUGAGUGAAAACUUGUUUGUGGUGUUUCCGCGAGAUUUCUCGGAAAAGAGUAGGCUUACUGACUGGCUGGAAAAUAGAUGAUUCCGCAGUGUGGGAUGGAAUCUGCCCCCGCUGAUUUGGCUGCGCAUACCCUUGUGAAGAGUAUGCGGGACAAUUACGAUUGCCCCGUUGGAGAUGUGACGUUCUGUUUGCACGAGCUCAAGUACGCCACCUUCCUCAUUUGCUUCGAGAUUUGAAGCUUACCUCCCGUAGAGCAGGAAUGAGCGGCGGAACCCUGGAGGUAGAUUGUGGCCCUCCGCAUUAACUACUCAGGUUCUAAUUUUCGGGUUACAGUCUGGGAUGUCCCUCCUGGAGCACUCUACUCUACAAGAAGUUAUGCACGCAACCAGAACUUAUGCCCUCUCGCCUGUCAGGGGCUAUGAUCUGCCAUUCGCAUGGCCAAUGCGUAGACACCCCGAAUUGGGGAUUCUUACAAAAUGGAUUCAGGCUGUUCCGGAUACCGUCUAUGUAUAUCGGAGUUGGGGAACAUUUGACGGGGGGCAGUAUUACGGGGAGAAUUUUAAUUUCAUGGAGUACCGCCGAGCGAACAACUGGAUUUCCGCGGUAUUUUGGUUUUUGAUGAUGUGUUCGAUCACAGUGCUCCCGAUCUUUGCCCCCUUCAGGUAAGGCCUGGGCAUGAUUUGCGCAGAGCUGAAGAGGGGUUGCUAAUGGUGUCAUAUAGGUGGCUUGCUCGAAAGUUGAUUCAGCCCGGAGAGGGUCCUACGGCUGAGUAUGUUGCUGGUUACGCUACAUGUUUAACUUCGUUCAUAUGAUGUGUUUUGCGUGCUAAUUGGGGUCCCAGGCAAAUGGCAAAGUACAGAAUAGAGUACCAAGGAGUAGCGGAGGCGGACGACGAGAGUGAAAAUCCUAAAAAGGUUUUUGUCAGGCUCACUUAUGAAAAGGACCCAUACACUUGCACUGGAGCCUUAAUGGUGCAAGUCGCUAUGAGUAUCCUGUUUGACGGGGAUAUCGAGGCGAAGAAAUUGGGCUGUGGUAUUCUCACGGCCGCUACCGUCGCUACUCCGGAGUUUUAUAGGAAUUUGGAUAGGACUGGAUUUCACAUAGAAACAAAGCUGCUAUGAGGGAGGAACGGGCCGACUCGGACCACUUGGGAAUUGUAUAGGUUUUUACUAGAAUUGUUGAACCAGGUGCAUGGGCGCUGAUAACUAGCUUGA